ACCACCGACUGUAGUGACAGCACUGCUCUUUGCUGCGAGCUGCUGUUGCUGCUGUUGUUGCUGCUGCUGGAACCAUGCGGCUGUUUGUUGCCCUCGUUCUGGUCCUGACCGCGUCUCUCUGUCAAGGACGAGUUGCUUCGCGGCACAAACGCUUUUUGUUCCUCUAUAACAUCCUUGAGCGCAACAGAGAAGCUGCUGCCAGACCUCCACCACCUGCACCAGCUGCACCAGCUGCAGCAACGCCUGCUACUGCUGCCAUUACUACCACCCCUCCAUCGGUGUGCGGAGCCAAGAAACAGGCCAACCCGAUCUGCUGCGGGCAGUACUGGCUCAUCACCAGAGUCACCUUCACUGGACAGAUUUCUACAUCCUACGAGUACCGCAACGACCCGCGCCUACUAGCCGGGACGUGUUGUCAGGCCGCCGGACAGUGCUACUGCGACGCAGCCUUAGCGCCGGAAUGUAUUGUAGAGACAACAACCACUACUGUCACUACCAGUACUCCAACCACCACUGCUACCUCCACUACAACUGCCACCACCACCACUACUCCAACCACUACUACUCCCACCACCACCACUACUCCCACCACCACCACUACUCCAACCACCACAACCACGCCUUCUACAACAACCACGCCUACUACAACAACUACACCAACCACUACUACUGCCCCAACGACUACAACCAUAACAACGACUAUUGCGAAAGUCUGCCCGAAUGCAAUGCAGACCAGACUUCUUGGUUCCACUCCACUCAGUGGCUGCGACCCUGGCGUGAUAGGAAUCUGGUUCAAUAACUUGUACUUCUUAUGCAACGCCGUGUACGCCACAGACCCCAAGACACUGGCCCCCAUCGUGUUGACUGUCGACUCCUGCUACCAGACCCUGUCAUUUGCAGCAGCUACAGGCAUAGCAGCGGACCUUCGUCUGAGUGGUUCUCAACCGUUGGGCUAUGCUACGUAUCUGUUCCGGAACACAACGUCGGUCUCCGGGGUAACGAGACUGGAGAACACCCAGGUGUUGACAGGAUACUUCAACCCCACAAGUGGAACAUGCGUGAGUCCGGCCUGCGUGUACAACAGCGCCACCAUGACCAUCAACACCACCAGCUGCUUCAUGGCCAGCUACGGAGCAAACAGCGUCAACUCUGGUGGCGCGACUGAGAACGGGCUGGUGAACACCAUUCCAGUUCAACUUAGCAGCUCUGGCUGCACUAACCUGCAGGCUGACCAGAAAUGCUUUGUCUCUACUAACGGCGGGGCCAACUGUCGGGGAGAUACUGGAGCACCGGUGUACUGCAAGAUCCAGACAGGUGAGACUGUGCUGUACGGCCUCAACACCGCCAAUAACGUUUGCGGGACCACCGCCACGUAUUUUACUGUCGAGCCAAUCCCCGCUUUUUAACGGACGUAGUUCGUCGUAUUACGUGAUGUCAACGCCAUUCGUCGAUCAUCAGUGCAUAUUGCUUGCACUGUCGGGUUAGACAAGCGAGCUUUGUGGAAAAAGAUUGUUCGAUUUUUGAGCAAUUAGUCAUUAAAAUAGUCAUCUUCACCAA